GAGCUGGGCAUAGGCCGAGCACAAGAUCUCUCUCACUCUCUCUCACCAUUAGUUGAUGGGUGAUCGGAAUCUGCCAUCCACAAAUUUACCAGCAGACUCUCUUUGUAACUGUUCACUAAAAAGACAUACUUUUACUCACUCUCUACGACGUCCUCCUCCUCUGCUAUUCCUCGUCUCAGUCCUCCUCCUCCCAGUCUCCACUAAUUCCUUCGACCAGAGGGUGGCCACUAAUUGUCCCUCUUUCCGCACUUUCCUUCUCUCACUCUCUCUCUCUCACUUUCUCCACCAAACCAAUCAAACAACCAAAUGCUCGCCCAACACCACUCUCCAAUUCAUCCCCGGUGGUGGCAGUGAGCGCCUCCCAGAGCUAAUGCCAACAAAAUCUACAGGUUAAAAGCUAUCACUGCGAUAUGAUGGAGCAGAUUGUUCAGUGCUGCAGGCCGUUUUUCCUCCCUCACCACCAUCUCACCAUCAUCAUCAACAUUUGAAUCUAAUCACAUUUCGAAUUCCAAGGGGCGUGAGAGGAAUUUCGAAGAUGUGAGUGAGCCUUUUCUCUCUCCAGUCUCUCUCUCUCUUUCUCUCUCUCUCUCUUUACCUGCCUUGUGGUCACCUACUUGGUUGUGAUGUGAUUUCUGAUGUCAGCAGAGGAAGAAGAAGAUCAGCAGUGGUCGUGUGUCACCCUCCUCCUCCUCCUCCUCCCACCACCACUCGCCAUUCUCACUCAACUCCUUAUCAUUUCUCAAUUCGCCACCUACCACGACUUCCAACGACAACAACACGUCCAGGUCACGCGCUGACUGCCCCGAGCGAGGAAAUACCCGUGUCUCCCAAGUGGUGAUACCAAAUAGUAGGAAAAUGUCAAAAAUAUCUCAUUGCUGAAAAGUGAAAGUGGGUGAAAGCAGUGGAAACUACACGACCAAGUUGUUCCUGAUUCAUUCGUCGUCGUCGUCGGAAUACUAAAUGUUACAGCUGCUGUCGUCACGGUCGUCUCACUCAACCAGAGUCAACGCACGUCAUUUCUCGGGAGGAAUUUGGUGGCUCAAUUAAAAGGCUGUCGAAGAAGAAGCAGGAGAGGACGGCAACUAAUUAUUGAUGUCAUGUUUUGAGGGAGACGACAAGAAAUGUCAGCAGCCGAGUUUGGGAAGGACCACGAGUAGGAGCACCAUCAUUACUCUUACUUUCUCUUUGACGGACGAAUUAUGGCUUAAGUGGAGGACAUUAAGCCGUUAUUGGAAGUCGACGACGAGGUGGUGUUGAAUUGAUGGAAGUGGUUGAUUUCGUGACUUGGUGCGAUGACGGGCGAUAAAAUGACAGUUAGGAUGAAAUUCAGACAAAAAGCCUCCUAACCCUAAAUUAGUGGGUGAGCGAGGAACCUAAUCGAGUGGACAGUUUGUGAGGUGUUUAUUGGUCGUUUGGUGGUAGUUGUGGUGGUGGUGGUGCAAGUGAAAGGUGACAAUUACUCGUCUCCACAUCAUCUUCAUUCACAAGUGGGUGCUAACUUUCUCUCCAUCCUCAUCGGCGUCGGGAUUGGCGAAAUUAACUCUGGUUAGUUCGCCAUCCUCCGCAGGAGGUGAACGAGGAGGAUGAAUGUGAAUAUGGACGCGGAAAAUCGGGUGGUGCUCAACGUGGGGGGCAUACGCCACGAAACGUACAAAGCCACGUUAAAGAAAAUUCCUGCUACGAGGCUUUCCAGAUUAACAGAAGCUCUCGCCAACUAUGACCCAAUCCUCAACGAGUACUUCUUCGACCGUCAUCCGGGGGUCUUUGGACAGGUGCUGAAUUAUUAUCGUACGGGGAAGCUGCAUUAUCCAACGGACGUGUGUGGCCCCCUGUUCGAAGAAGAGUUGGAGUUCUGGGGACUGGACUCGAACCAAGUGGAACCUUGUUGUUGGAUGACGUACACACAGCAUCGAGACACUCAGGAGACGCUGGCAGUGCUGGACCGCCUAGAUUUAGACACAGAUAAGCCUUCAGACGAAGAAUUAGCUAGAAAAUUUGGCUUUGAGGAUGAUUACAUGUCGGGAAACUUGAGCUGGUGGCAACGUUGCAAGCCCAAAUUGUGGUCACUGUUUGACGAGCCUUACUCUUCUAAUUCUGCCAAAAUAAUAGGGAUUGUUUCAGUGUUCUUCAUCUGUAUAUCCAUUCUAUCAUUUUGCCUGAAAACGCAUCCAGACAUGAGGGUACCGUAUAUAAGGAAUAUUACCGUGCACACCGCAGGGAACAGGACUGCGUGGACAUUAGAUAAAAAAGGGACAAAUGCACACGCCGCAUUUUUUUGGAUCGAGUGUGUCUGUAACGCCUGGUUCACCUUUGAGAUCCUGGUUCGAUUUAUCAGUUCUCCCAACAAGUGGCAGUUUAUCAGGGCAUCUGUAAACGUCAUCGACUACAUUGCCACCCUCUCCUUCUACAUCGAUCUCAUUCUCCAGAAGUUCGCUUCCCAUCUCGAGAAUGCCGACAUUCUCGAAUUUUUCUCCAUCAUCAGAAUCAUGCGGCUCUUUAAGCUCACCAGACAUUCAUCCGGUCUCAAGAUACUCAUGCAGACAUUCAGAGCUUCGACGAAGGAAUUGACCCUUCUGUUUUUCUUCUUGGUGCUGGGCAUCGUUAUAUUUGCAAGUUUAGUUUAUUAUGCGGAGCGUUUGCAAGCUAAUCCGCAGAACGAUUUCAACAGCAUUCCUUUAGGUCUUUGGUGGGCGUUGGUCACGAUGACCACUGUGGGUUACGGGGACAUGACGCCAAAAACCUACGUCGGAAUGUUGGUCGGAGCUCUUUGUGCUUUGGCCGGUGUGCUCACUAUUGCUCUUCCUGUUCCUGUCAUUGUCUCCAACUUUGCCAUGUACUACUCCCACACGCAGGCGCGAGCAAAGCUUCCAAAGAAACGAAGACGUGUGAUUCCUGUGGAGACUUUACGCCCUCCGCACCAUCCAGGUGUUCCCACGGGUCCUCCGACGGGGCCGGUGGGCGGGGUUCCGGGGGCGCGGCGGGUGAACGCCAUGAAGCAGAAUAAUCCAAGUAGUAAAGAUAUUCUAUCAACACCGAAAAUGGCGAUGAAAAAGGCGUGGAAUCGAGCUCAACAAGACCGUCAGGGAGGACAAAACAGCGCUGCAGCGCCCAAACAGCAAUAAAUUCUCAUUCUUUCUUAGUUUUCUUUGCCGACGAAGGAGUGCCGAAGCCGAACCCCAUAAAUGGGAAGGAGAAGGAUAAAUCGUGAGUUUAUCUGUGAUUUACGUGAUGAACAUUUUCUUCUUUUGAUACAAUGAUAAUAUGCACUUUUUGGGCACAAUGGAUGACUAAAUGGUCCUGCUCCCGUGAAAUACAUAUAAUAUCAUCAGACAAAAUCAUAUUAAUCAACCUAGCAAGUACUUAAAUAUAAUUCACUAGUCGUAAGUCUGCUGUGUCUGUAAUCGUUACCAAACUCGAGUUUUUCUAGCAAGACAUAAGGAUUCAUUGAUUGAAUAUUAAGAUAAUAUUACCAUGCUAAACCUUUACUUUUUUUAACUAAUCUCCUCUUGAAACAUGAUUGUCAAGUAGUACUUCUACUACCAACAUAACGAUAAUAAUUAAGCUAACAAAUAGUGCUGGUCACCACCAACCACAUUUAUUCACCAACCAACGGACUCUUCUACCAACCAACCUGUAGCUACAUGAAUUUGGACCUUUAUCACUGGCACCGUCACCACCACCACCACUGGUACGACCGCGCCACCAGUCGCUAGCCCGCGACGACCCAUGUUUCUCGCAUGCUCACCAACGUCGCCUAGUACGCCUUUCAAGUUUGCGUCUGUGCCCAAGUCACGAAUUGUUUGAGACGAUUUGAGGCGUGGGUGGGUAGGGGUCCGAAUGGACAUGGGACCAAAGACCAGAUCCGAUGGGCAUUAUUCGCCGCAUACAUACAUAGUAAAUAGUAAUACCAGAUCCUUCAAUAACGAAAUCAAAUCAAUCACAGUUGUGAAUAUCCUUCUCAUCAAGCACUUUCUCAAUUCUUUAUCACUAGGAUAGUUGUGGCAUUUUUAGCCGUGAGGUCUUCCCUCGUCGCCUCCUCCUCCUUCUUGCUCUUCUUCACUCGCCUUUCCCCACCAAAAACAGCAGCGCAUGUAGAAGCACUAGAGUCGCGCGACCUGACUAGUGUCGUACAACUGCAGAGUUAGAUUUAGCUAGCUGGCACAUUAUUCAACGUAUUUUAGUUCCACUCCUUCUUCUUGGUCAAUCAUGUAUUGUUACGAUGUCGUAUCUCUGUCAAUGUAUGUAGGUCGCAAGUCCGUGUGCAACAGAAAUAUAUACAUACACAUAUUGUCUUACGCAAUCUUCCACUUUCCUUAAAGGUCACGCAAUCAACGAAUAAUAUAAAGUCAUUGCCUAAACUACGAUGUCACCGUUACCCACAACAGAUCCAUUAUUAUCUUCUUCAGCCAGAACAAAACCCACAGUUUUCAUUCGUUUGAUUAGGUAGUCAAAAUUUACUACCAAAUCAAAUAAGUUGUGUUAUGCAAACCAAAACGAUUAAAUCACGAGUGAUUCGUCGUCGUCGUCGUCGCAAUAGACGAUCAAAGAUGACGGAGUGCUGCUGAAUUGCAUAAUAAAAAUAAACUUCAAACGUACUAAGACUAGCCUGGAAUAUAGGAAGCCUUUCAUCCAGAAAAAUAUGCUUUUUCUGGUCCUAAUGAUUAAUUAUGUAUGCCACAAACAUUUCUUUACUAAAAGUAUACAAUAAUCAAGAAAUCAUCUUGCCAGCUCUUAUACAUACAUACAAAUUUAGACGUAGUAGAAUUUUCUCUUCUUUUUUAUUUUUUCAUAUUCUUGCUCCAUGUUGGAUAUGAUUUGGUAGUUGGUAGGAUUACAGGGGACAUUACCGACAAACGUCUAAUUACGUAUUAUGCUGAGUUGGUCAUGUUACGUAUUGGUGAUUAUAGCAGUGGAACGUCAAGAAAUUAUAGAUUAGAUAUUACCUACGUACGUAUUCAUAUGCAUAUUAUUAUGGCCCUAAUUUUGACAGAUGGGAUUAACACUGAUUAAUUUAUUCUUACUAUUACGUACAUAAACCUGAACUUUGACAGUCUCAAUUCAACCAACUGUAGCCUAUUAUACAUAAAUAGCAUGCAUAAUUGAAUGCUCUACAUAAAUACAGAUAACCCUGACGCGGAUGAUAUGCAAUUAUCGCAAUUAACAGAAUUUUGUAGGGUAUUGAUCACAAUAUGAGCAAAAUAGUCUGAAUUUUUACACUUUCCGUACGCAUUUAUGUAACUUCCGUAAAACCCCCACUUUAGUUUUAGAUGGUUUUACAUACGUGGCGUAGUACUAAUCCAAACAACUCCUUUGGCAAGGGGUCGAAACAGACAAGUUAAAUCAUCACAUUACUGGAACUACUUGUGUGAUAGAAAAAUAAUACGAAUUUCAAUAGGUCUUAAUUAAACUUGACAAGUUUUUAAUGUUCAUGAUUACUUACUUCAUUACUAAAUUAUACUUCUGAGUUGGCACUAAAAAAGAAGGCGACGGAUCAUGAUUAAUAAAGAGCCCAAAACGAGCAGACAAACGAAAAUCACAUCACAUUCAAUGUUUGUUGUUGCUGUUAAACUUAUAUCAUUAAUUAGUAAUACUAUGUAUGUACUACUAUUUACUACUACCAACUAAAUAUAUGUGACACACAGCUUUCUCGAUCCUGACUAUACUACUACUACUAGUACCACUAAUAUGAAACCAAAUGAGUUACUACAAACUAACAUAUUAUUAUUAUUACUACUACUCUAAAUGUAAUCUUCAGAACAAGUGAUUAUAAGAAGGUUAUAAACAUUUAAAGAUUAACGCUGUUAGUUAUUUCUCUAAUUAUGUGUAUGGAUCCUCGUUUAUAACUUGAAAUCUGAACGGAGAGUUUUGAAUAAAACAACAAUUAUUGUUGACAACUA